GAUUCCUUGUCACUCUUGUAGUGUUUUUACCUGAGGCCCACGCCCACUGGGUGGAGCUUGACAGAGAUAGAAGAUUUUUGUAAGCCCAUACUUCAAUUUUAACUUUAAAAAUCUUCCUAAAACUUCGAAAAAUUUUUUGCUGCUGCCCGGAUGCGAACCUGGGUUCGUUGAACGUGAGGCGGUGUGUGUCUGAACUCGACCACCAGUGCACUUAGUUAAGCGCUUGAAAUACCUAACUGCUAUCCUUUGCUAAGGCGUAUCCACGUCUGUCAGUGUGCUUUAUUGAGUAGUUGCUUUUUCGCACACAUAACCAACAUGCCCCGCAUGAUGCGCUCGCCUCCGCAAAGCUCACCCGGCAAUUGUGCACUAUUGGAAACGCAGUCGGAACCUGAUCUCUCACCUGUCGUCGUGGCAUCGGAAUCUAGUUCCCAUGAUUUAGGCAACAUUACUACAAGACCAAGUAACAAACGUUUUCGAGGUGAUGACAGCUGGACGGAACCGGACAAGUUUAUAGAUUUGAAAAAUAUGCUGCUUUCGUGGAAAUCCGACCAAGAUAUCAUCUUGAAUAAACUGGUUGCUGAAGUUUCUGAGCUUAAACAACAGGGCCUCAGUAUUCAAAAGACCAAUACAGAGAUUGAGAAAACAAUUCAGUUUUUCAAUAAAAGUUAUGAAGACAUGAGGGAACGUGUUGAAAGAUUAGAAAAGGAACAUAAGGAAUGUGAGAAGCGCAUAAACGACAUGAUCAACAUCAGCAGUGGUCCGACGAUAACCAAACUUGAGGCGAAGAUCGACUCGAUGGAACAACAGGCGCGGCUAUGUAAUGUCGAAGUCUGUAACUUGCCUGAGAAGCGGAAUGAGAACUUGUUCACAAUUAUCGAGGCGAUAGGCAAUGCAGUAAAAUUUCCUGUGUCACAAAAUGACAUUGUCGCUAUCCACAGAGUCCCGCAUGCACAUCAGAAUGACAACAAGCCCAAAAAUAUUAUAGUAAAAUUUAAAUCACUGUUAACUCGUGACAACUUACUGAGCGCCUACCGAAAAAGUAAAUGCAUUAAGACCGACCAAAUAGGAAUAUCAGGCGCUUUGACUUCAAUUUACUUAAAUGAACAUCUGACAUUGAAAAAUAAAGCGUUAUUUCGUGAGGCAAGAAAGCUCGCUAAUGAAUGUGGUUUUAAAUAUGUUUGGGUACGAAAUGCUACGAUACUUGUGCGCAAGCAAGAUGGAACCUCUGCAUUUGCGAUACGUUCUAAUGUUGAUCUGGGUAAAAUUGUUAAUGGCAAGAAAACCCCUACUGAUACUGAUGCUAAGGAACUUUAGAUAUUUUAAUGGUUGCUGGACAUAUCGCCUUUGCCUGUUGUUUUCAACUUUUUCAGAUGUACUAAUCCGCGCCUACAUAUUAAGAUUAUUAUACUUUUGUUUAUUUGAUUUUUUGUUAUCGUACUGUGAAAUUGUUUACCUUAUGUCAUCAGUAAGCGACUGUGUAGUAGUUAAAAACUUAUACCCGUAUGUACAAAAGAUAAAUCAGUACAUUUUCUAUUUUAUAGUUCGGUCCUGUUUUCAUUAUAGUUUGCUGGAUUGUUCCUUUAUAAUUUAUAUUAAGAUGUGCACCAUCACAGUGUAUAAAAUUGUUAUAUGUUAUACAGAUUUAUUGUUUUUUAUUAUAUAAUGGCUUUAAAUAAUAUCGUGAUAUAUUACCAGAAUUGUAGAGGAAUACGCACAAAGUUACAUACUCUUUAUAUGAAUAUAUUAUCAUGCUCUUAUGACGUCAUUGUGUUGACGGAAA